ACAGGGUGUCGGCCCUAAAACGAGUGCUUCAGUUUCCAGCUCAUAAAAGCCGAAGCUCGUGCUGUCCUACAAGAACUCUGUAUAAGAAAGCUUUCGAGGGUGGGUUUGCUGUGUGGUGAAGGGGGAGAUCUGAAUAAUGGCUCAGGAGUUUGUGAAAAGUAAAAUACGAUGCGAUAAAGUGACAGUGUUUGGUAAACCUUCCUGUCCUUAUUGUCACAUGGCAGUGGAGCUUCUGGAGGAAGUUGGUUGCAAGCAUUUGGAAUACGUUGACCUUACAACCCGAGCGGAUAUGUCCAGUAUUCAGGACUAUAUGCUACGCACUACAGGCGCCAGAUCAGUCCCUCGUGUCUAUAUUGGAGAAACUUGUAUUGGUGGUUAUGACAACCUGAAAGCUCUGCAGGAGAGUGGUGAACUCAUUCCAAAAUUAAAGCAAAUUGGUGCUUUGUAGUAAUUCCAAGAGUAGAGAUGACUGGAGACUGGGACUACCUCCUGCUGUGAAAGCCUUGGGGAACAAAACUGGUCAUAUCUCUCCUACAUCCACUGUAGUUCUUCAUCUGCAUUUAAUGCAGAGGAUUGGUGGUGGAGGGCUGUAUGUUCUAGUUAUUGUUUGCCUUGCUAAGAAUAUUGCUUAACUUACCUCUUCAGCACAUAUUUCUGAAAAUGGAACUGCUGCAAUAAAAUGCCUUCUACUA